AUGACGGAACGACCGUCGCGAUGGGAUCGCCCAACGGCAGCGCCCCGCCCGUCGGCGGAGGCGAGGCCGGGUGCUGCUAAUCCCUCGAUGGGGUCGGUAAAUGGAGCCAAUGUUGGUGUGGGCCGUUCUCGCUUCUCGCUUCCUCCACCGCCGCCACCGCCUGGCCAGGUGGAGGCACCCACGGCUGCAGCUGCCGCGGACCGUCGUGCGGCGGCGCUGGAUCGAGGGGGUGUGGGUGUCGCGGACCCGAGUGACUUUGCGCCAAUGCAUGUGCCAAGGCCACCCGUCGACAAAUCUCGCGCCCUGAUUAGCGCCAUGACUCGCCAUCAAGAAUCAUCCGACGUGUCAGACAUCUCGGACGAUGAGGACAUGGACGAGGACGAUCGGGAAGACGUCACGCCCACGGGCAGCGGUGACCACUCGGGCCGCCGAGUCAGCGGUGACGGCGAGGAAGAAAUCAGUGCGGAUGAGGACGGCGAGCAGGAUGAUGACCACAUGUCCAUCUCCUCCCGCACCUCAUCACACCCGCCAGCACCAUCUGAGCAACCCGACGCCCGUCAGAACAGCCCUGCUGCCGUUGCAGAGACGCGACCACCACUCCUCGACCGUCGCGCCGCCAACGGCAGCGCUGGCUUGUCCCGACCCUCUCCCCUGGCCAUCGCACAGGCCAUGCCAACGCCUAGUGCGCAAUCCACCCCUGGGCGCACCGCUGCACCCAUGCCCACCGCACAGGCCCCAACUGGGACCGCAGCCAUGUCAGCCUCGCCUAUGAACCUCGAUUCGCCCAAGCCCAAUCACACUGCCCCUGCUGCCACUCCAAAUCGCAAGCCCCCCAAGCCGACUGUCACCACGCCCUCCGUUCCCGAAACAAGCCGUAAGGAGUACUGGCUCAAUUUGAUGCAGAGCAAAGACAUGGAAGCCACGGCCAUUGAACACGAACUCACCAAGCUGCAGGACGCCGUCGCCUGUGGCUCAUCCAGAAAAAUUGACGCGCAGGCACGUCUGGAGCAAACAGAGCGGGAUCUAGAGAUUGACCGCCAAAAUCGAGCCAAUGGCUUGAGCACGGACGUCGCGAUGGAAGACUUGGGCAGCAAGGAAUCUAUGCGCGCCCUCAUUACGCGCGUGUACCGUCAAAACAAAGCUGCGGCGGAAGCAGCACGGCCAGUCGAGCAACGUCAAAAUGCCGUGGUGGAGAACUUUGUCGCCGUGGAGCCGCAAGAGUAUGCAUCGGUCAAGGAAGCUCAGGCCCACUACACCACGUUCAAAAGUCGGCUGAGCCGCUACAUUUAUCACACGCAACAAUAUGAUGAGCGGUUGAAGCUGGCCCUCGCACGCCGUUAUCAGCGCCACAAGCACUCGUGGAAAGCUUUGAUGCUCGAACGAUUUGAAAACAAUCGUGACGAGCUCUUGGAACGCAACAAAUUCUUCGAAACGGUGUAUCCGGAUGAACUUCGGCGUCGCGGUGCCGUCCAGAAUGAGAUUUUUGAGAACCUGGCAACGACUCUCGGCACCCCCCAGCGCACGACACGCGCACAAGCCAACAAUGACGUGCAGCACGUGGAUAUUGACAACGAUCCCAACUUAUUAACUUUCAAGGGCUGCGUCACUAAGCCACAAGAUCAGCUUGUGGGCUAUGACAAGUACCACAAGGGUCGUUUGAUUGAUCGCAACCGAAUUGUGAGCAAUAGCAAGAGCAUGCAUCGCGAGCUGGACUAUGUCAACGUCUGGUCCGCCGAGGAGAAGCAGAUCUUUUUUCACCGCUUCAUGCUACACCCCAAGCGCUUUCACCGCAUCUCGUCCCACCUUCCGAACAAAACGACGGCAGAGUGUGUUUGGUACUACUAUCGGCACAAGAAAGAGCUCAAUUUCAAGGGCGAACGCGAGAAGCUGCGCCGUGAGCGGUCGCGCAAAGCUCAGAUGAGCAAGCAACGUAAGAGCAGUACCUCGCUCGUGAGCGCAGUCAAGGAGGCCAAGGAGACCACGAGCACUCGAGCCUCGAAAGACCGCGCCAACGCGAGUGCAGACGAAAGUCCCACUGCGGCUUCAGGAGAGGAGCUCAAGGGCGAUGGUGAUGCAACUGAUGCUGCAGCAACAGAUGGGCCUGAGAAUGCCAAGGGUGGCAAGGGCACCAAGAGUACCAAGAGUGCGAGGGCGAGCGAAUCGGGUGAAGGCAGCAAGACCAAGAAGCCCAAGAAUGUGACACGCAAGGAGACGCCUAAACGAGCUUCGACGUCGCGGAUACGCGCGACCAAAGGCAAGGAUGUGGCUGACCCUGGAGCACCGGCCGCCGAAGCAACAGCGGAGACGGGGGUUCCGGUCCCUGCAACGACGGCGGAGCCUACACCGACGACGACGGCCGCCCAGAGCGGCCAGGCUGCGGACGCAAGCGGUGGUACUGUCAAGCCCGCUGAGAAGCGGGUGAAGAAGGAGAAGGUCAGCAAGGACAAGGUGCCGAAAGAGAAGGCACCUCGACCGGUCAAGGAGAAGGCGCCGCGGGCUCCGAAGGACAAGACCCCCAAGGACAAGGCCCCCAAGGACAAGGCAGGUGAUGCAGGGGCAGAUGGCAAGGCGAAGGCUGCAAAACCACGAUCUCGGGCGAAGGACCGGGGCAAGGAGGGCGCUGAGGGCUCUGCUGCGGAUGAGAAGCGCAAGAGCAAGACUGGUGUGGCCGGUCCGGAUGCCAAGCGCUCCAAGACGGUGGAUAGUACCGAGGAUGCGGGCAAGUCGGCAGGUGCGACCGUUACUGCUGCCACGACAGCUGCUUCGGGUCAGGUCCCCGCUGUGGCGACUCCGGUGCCAGGCUCGACCGUAAUGGAGAGCACGGGCCCGACCACGGCGGCAGCACCCAACGCCACCACGGCGGCCGCUAUGGCAGCAGCGAUGGCGGCUGGUGCCCUGCCGUUUGUGAUGCCUCCGGGUACCUCUGUGCCCAUGUCGGCGGCAGGCGCCCCGUACUUCCUUUCGCCUGCGCUGUCUGGUGUGCGGGCAGGGCAGGGCGUCUAUAUGCCAUCGUACCCACAGAUGAUGGUGAAUGCCGUGCCUUCGGCAGCUUGGCCGUACAUGUGUCUGCAGAUGCCCGGUUCGGGACCAGUGGUUUCAAGCGCGAUGCGCUGGCCGGGUGUGACGUCGUUUGCACCCACGGUCAGUGGUGUCAGCGCCGCCACCUCGGAGGCGCAGGCGGCGCAGCAGGCGCAACAGUUUGCGCUUAGUCAGCAGUUGUUGCAAGCCGCCAGUAUGGGUGCUGUUGGUCGGAGUGGGACGAUGGCCACCAGCGCUGGGGCACCGACCUCGACGGGCCUGGUACCCAUGAGCAUGGCCAUGGGGCCUGGUCCCGCUUUGAGUCUGGCUCAGGCCCAGGCUCAGCUACAAUCGGCGGCGCGAGCGGCUGCCGUAUCAACGGCGACAACCCAGCCCACAAGUAGCAGUGGUGACCAGAGCUAA